AUGAUUCUGAACUUUUGCAGAUUGCCUGUGGGGUCGUGUGCAGUGUGGGUGUGUCUUGCAUUACUUAAUGCUUGCGGCAAUAUUGUCGUAGCAUAUCCAUACACUGUUUAUCGCGGUACAUUCAUUCAUCUUCCCCGGCUUAAUUCGAGUUCGGCAAAGCCGAAGCUCGUUCGAAAUCAAGGUGCCCUGUGGGUUUCGUCUGAAGAUGGCCGUAUCAAGGGAUAUGAUUGGCAAGUCCAUGACGAUGCCAGUUUCCAAUCGUUCCUGUCGCGCCACGGCUGGACUGACGCCGAUACCACAACCAAUGGCAAUGCCGAUUCAUCCACCAAAAUCAGGGUUGUGGAGUCUAACGAUGAACAAAAUGAGUUCUUCUUUCCCGGAUUCAUCGACACCCACAUCCACGCGCCGCAGCUUCCCAACAUUGGUCUUUUUGGGUCAGCAGGCCUCCUGGACUGGCUGAAUGAAUACACAUUCCCAGUAGAAGCUAGCUUUGGCUCCAAGACAGACCCAAACAACCAAGACAAAGACCCCAAAAACACGCCUCCCGAUGGUCUGCGUGUCUAUGAUCAAGUUGUCGUACGCACUCUUGCCCACGGCACGACAUGCGCAUCUUACUUCGCCACCAUCCACGUCGCGGCCACAAACGCCCUCGCAGCGCUCUGCCACACCCACGGCCAACGUGCCUUCAUUGGCCGUGUCUGUAUGGAUAACCGCGAUCAAUGCCCACCUUACUACGUCGACCAAUCUGCCGACGAGGGCCUCCACGCAACAAAAUCGACAAUAGAUUACAUCCGCACUCUAGACCCAAGGGGAACAUUGAUUAACCCAAUUAUCACGCCUAGGUUCGCCCCGAGCUGCUCCAAUUACUCCCUUGAUAGCCUCGGCAAACUAGCGGCAUCCUACAACCCGCCUCUCCACAUCCAAACACAUAUUUCCGAGACUACAGAUGAGGUUGACCUCGUCCACCGACUCUUCCCGGACGCAACCAGCUACGCCGACGUCUACGAUAAGGCCCACCUACUUACCUCUCGUACCAUCCUCGCGCACGGGGUGCAUCUAACCCACGACGAGCGGAAUCUUAUCCGUGAGCGCAACUCUAAGAUCGCGCACUGCCCAGCGUCAAACUCCGCCUUGGGCUCUGGACUUGCUCCUGUCCGGAUCAUGCUUGAUGAGGGCCUAACGGUUGGCCUAGGCACGGAUGUGAGCGGCGGGUACAGCCCCAGUAUCCUCGAAGCGGCCCGACAGGCCUGCUUGGUGUCUAGAUUGCUUGGUUACAGUCGCGAGUUCCCGGAGACGACGGGUAACUCAACACCCGCUGGGCAUGAGAAGCUUUCUGUUGACGAGGGCCUUUAUCUAGCUACACGGGGCGGUGCAGCAGUUGUGGACAUGGCAGAUGACAUUGGCGGCUUCGAUAAGGGGAUGAUCUGGGAUGCGCAGCUGAUUGAGCUGGGUGCUGUGAAGAAUAACAGCGUGAGCCCGCUUGGUGCACGUGUAAAUGGCCUCACUGGUCGGAGCAUUGCCAAGUCUGGUCCUGUGGGCAAUGUUGAUUUGUUUGGAAAUGAGACGUGGCAGGAGCAGAUUCAGAAAUGGAUGUGGAGCGGUGAUGACCGGAAUGUUAAGAAUGUGUGGGUUCAGGGGAAGUUGGUGCACAGCAGAAAGUAA